AUGACCGAGCCGGUCGACGAGGUGGCGAUGAUGCUGGCGGGGUCCGGCCAGCCGCAUGGACGUCCUGCCUGCCUUGCUGGGGGUUUCAAGCCUCAGAAGAACUUCACGCAGAUCAAGGCUACCCUCCCCUCCGGCAGCUACGCUACCUCCUCGCGGACUACAUGCCGUUCUCGGGUAGAGGUAGAUACUCAGCUCGAGGAGGCCUAUGCAGUAGCUUACGAGGAGUAUCUCGAGAAGAUUAAGGAGCAUGACCUUGUGAAAGAUGCCUAUGUCCAGUGGACGAGCAACCAGAUGACGGUAAGUUUCAAUCUCUAUGGUUGCAAAACAUCAUAAGUCCCCAUGUUUGAAUCUGAGCUAUCUCUCCCGUUUCUUGCAGAGUUUCACUCGGUUCAUGAUGACUGGAGUGCGAGAGGAACCACUCCCAGAGCCACCUCAUCCGGGGCCGACGCCAGUGUUCCCGUCCAAGGAGGAGUUCUAUAUCAUGUACAAGCGUCAGCGUCAGUUGACCCCGGUAAGUUGCUAACUUGGCUAAGUUGCUAACUUGGUGUGACAUGGCUAAGUUGCUAACUCCCUCCAACAUGUAGGGAUUGGGAGAA